UUGCAAUUAAAGACGUAAUUUUCUUGAAAUUCUUUUUUAUUUUAAAAAUAACACUUUUAUACGAAAUUGUAAAAUAAUAAUGAAUAAAAUUGGAAAAAUUGGUUUCUUGGGUGGUGGUAGAAUAGCCCAAGCUAUGGCUAACGGUUUUAUAUCAGCCGGUUUGACUAAAGCCGAAUCAAUUAUAGCUAGUGUACAUCCCGCUGAUUCUAUAUCACUGCAAUCAUUUAAGAAACUUGGCGUAGAGACUUUAACAAAAAAUGACCCGGUCAUUGAAAAAUCGAAUAUUAUUUUCAUUUCUGUUAAACCACAAGUUGUUCCACAAGUUUUGGCUGAAGUCAAAUCGAAAAGUGAUGAAAAACUAUUUAUCUCGGUAGCCAUGGGUGUGACAAUAAAAACACUGGAACAGAAUCUAUCACCCAGUUCCCGCGUUAUACGAGUAAUGCCGAAUACUCCCGCUCUUGUACAGUCGGGAUGUUCAGUAUUUGUACGCGGCUCUAAUGCCACUGAUGAAGAUGCUCAAAAUACACAAAAGCUAUUGGAAGCCAUUGGAACAUGUGAAGAAGUCGAUGAAUACCUAUUGGAUCCCAUAACAGCUUUAAGUGGCAGUGGUCCGGCAUAUGUAUUUGUCAUGAUCGAAGCAUUAGCUGAUGGUGCUGUACGUAUGGGUAUACCACGUGAUAUGGCAUACCGUCUGGCCUCCCAGACCGUUAUGGGUUCUGGACAUUUGGUAAGAGAUACGAAAGAACACCCAGGAUCGUUAAAGGACAAUGUUACAAGUCCGGCAGGAUCGACCGCAGCAGCGUUAAAGCAUUUAGAAGAAGCUGGUUUUAGAGCAGCUGUAGCCGGUGCUGUAGAGGCGGCUACUCUAAGAUGUCGUGAAAUGUCCAAAGAUCAAUAGAAGAGAAAAAACGUUAAGUUUAGGAAAUUUUAAUUUAUUUUUAUAAAAAUAAAACAUUUUAUUACUAUUAGAAAAUUCUAUACAUAA